CCUUGUCGAUUCAGAUUCCACGGCAUCACCUACCGUAUUAGGGUUAGCGCUCAUGUGUUCUCGUGGCCGGAUGACAACAACAUUGAAACAGCUGACUCGCCAAAACCUCGUCUUCUUCUUAUUCAACGCGCUCUUUGUGAUACCAAACCUGAGUAUUGGGAGGUAGCUGGUGGGGGAGUCGACAAACAAGACCAAAAUCCCCAAAAUGCUCUAGAGCGUGAGGUUCAAGAAGAGACUGGCCUGCAACUGUCUCGGGUCACUCAUGCUCUCCCUGUUCAGACUUGGAGGAGAUUCAAGGGAGGGGAGUGGCACGAAUGGGUUGGCCUUCCGUAUAUCAUUGAGGUCUCCAAGCAACGCGCAAAUAGCCAAGAUGUGCCUCAGCCAGUGAUGGAAUGGGAGGAUGUAAUACGACUGAAUCCCAAAGAGCACCAAGCUUUUACAUGGGCAACAGAGGAUGAGGUGCGAAGUGGCAAGUAUCAAAUGUUCGGAAACCACAAGGAGGCUAUCCUCGAGGCGUUUGCGAUAGUGACUCGAAAUCGCUCGGUUUGA